AUGAUGAACGUAUCUGAGGCAACAGUACCCACGGACCUGCAGCCCCAAAAAGAAUAUGUCAACAGGCGAGAUGCCACUGAAACUGAAAUCAAAGAGUUACCGCAUGUCGUUGACUCUAUCCCAUUUGUUGUAUGGAUUGCUCUUGUAGUCAGUGGGGCAGAACGAUUUAUAUUCUAUGCUGCAACAACACCAUGGCAAAACUAUGCGCAAUAUGGCGCGGACAAUGUUUCUAUCCCGGGCGCUUUAGGACUUGGCGAGUCUAUUGCUUCAAACGUUUCCAGUGUGUUCUAUGCGUUCUCUUUUCUGAUGUCAUUUGUCUUUGCUGUCUUAUCAGAUGCGCUUUUGGGGCGCUAUAAAACUCUAAGCUUCGACUUUGUUGGUUGCUUGGUACUUUUUGUGACUUCACUUCCUUCAAUUACGGCGUACUCCGCCAAGCUUGCAGGCUUUAUAUUGGCAAUAUUUCUCAUAGGACUGGGGACGGGUGGCAUCAAAGCCACUAUUACGCCCUUUAUAGGUAAAUUUGAGCUUUUCGAGUUCGAAUAUGAGAAGAUUAUCAAGAUUUCAAAAAGCGAAACUAAUAAACUCGUUAUAAAAGGCGACCAAUAUCUCGACGAAGCUCCAAAAUUGAUUAUCACGAAAUCUGGUGAACGUGCUGUCACGGACAGAACCUUAACCAUGCAAUACAUAUACAAUGUUUUCUAUUGGUACUAUGCUCUAUAUUUUGAAAAGUUUACCAGUAUUGCCACUUUGUCGCUCAUUGCUUCCACCUAUCUCGAAAAGCAAGUUGGAUACUGGGCAGCUUUUCUCCUGCCGCUUUGUUCUUUUUCUGUCAUUGCUCCUUUGCUACUUCUCUGGAAUAAAAAAUUAGUGAAAUUGCCACCACAGGGUAGUGUGAUACCACGUACAGCGAAAGUUAUUUUAUAUUCGGCUAGAGACCGAUUCAGACUGGAUUCAGCCAAACCAGCAUAUCAAGCAGAGCGGUACCACAAGGAAGUUGACUGGGACGACUUGUUUGUUGAUGAAAUCAAGAGGGGUCUCAGCGCUUGCCGAAUCAUGGCAUGUUUUAUCCCUUACCAUUUAUGCAAUAAUCAGAGUGUGAAUAAUCUGAUCACCCAAGCUGGAGAAAUGCGGCUUGACGGGGUUCCAAACGAUGCAAUAAAAGCUAUCAAUCCUAUCGUUUGUGUUUUUCUGGGACCAAUUAUACAAAAGAUGUUGUAUCCAAGGCUCCGAAAAGCUGGGAUCCCCUUUGGCCCAAUCGCGCGUAUGACUUGGGCAUUCAUCACGAUGAGUGCUACAAUGGCGUUUGCUGCGGGUGUCCAAAAGUUGAUCUAUUCAAAGGGCCCUUGCUAUGAUCAUCCCCUUGCUUGUUCAGCUUCAGAUAAUGGCAGCAUUCCCAAUGCCUUGAGUGUUUGGGUGCAGAUACCGAUCUUCGUGCUUCUGGGGACUGCGGAGAUUUUGGGAUUUACAACUCUGGCUGAAUAUAGCUACUCCGAAGCGCCAAAAAACAUGCGCACAUUGGUUCAGUCUUUGGUACAGGUCAGCUCUGGCGUUGGCUCAGCUCUGGGGAUCGCGGUCUCCCCUGUUUCGGAUGAUCCAAGUGUGUUGUUCCUAUACGCUGGAUUAGCAGCAGUGAUGUUCGCUGUCGCCAUAAGUUUCUGGGUGAUCUUCAGAGAAUUUGACUGGAAAAGCGGGUAA